UGCAUGCAAAGAAACACAAUUAGUAAAUUGUAAAUUUGAUGGCAUUUACAGGAAGUUUGCGUGUCGAUUACAUACAGAAUACUAUAAAAAGAUGCAGUCAAGAGAUAAAAUUAAUAACUUCUACCUGCAAGAAAUACUUACAGAUGUUGUUACGAAGAAACUUGCUGAUUUAUUUAUCAAAGAGUGGAACAUUAACUACAAAAAAUCCCACGGAGAAUGGAAAAAUACAAACGUUAGUGGUCAGAAGUUGUUCAAUAUUGAAAAAACAAAAAAGAAACCACAUGACAAACAUAUUCUGUCAAAAUUUCAAGAGGGUGACACAAGUAAGUGGGAUUGUACAACACUAUUUGCAGCAAUAUUGUUUUCCAACUCAAUUGGAACAAAAAUUGACCCAAAAGUUAGAUCUGCCGUUAAUGUACUUCGUAUUGUAAGAAACAAAUUUACCCAUGAUAAUCCAGGAAGAGUAUCUAAUACCGAAUUUGACAAAAUGCUUUGUGAUAUUGAAAAGUCAUUUAAAGAUCUACGAUUUUCAUUCAAUGAAAUUAAUGAAAAAAAAUGUCAACGAAACAAAUUUAAUUCUUUUCAAUUACUUCCUUGCAAACCAAAUCACGAUGUCGUUAAACGUACAGAGUUACUUAAUCAAAUCACAGCAGAUCUCAAUAACUUGCGCAGUACUAACAAUAAUGAACUAACAUAUUAUUAUAUUUCUGGUAAUCCUGGCAGUGGUAAAUCUGAAUUAGCCAGACAAGUUUGUGAAGAAAUGUUUAAGUCGGUUGAGUGGGAAAAUAAAACAACAUUUGUGAUGACACUCUAUGGAAAUGAUGCAGAAUCCCUUUUAAAAACUUAUGCUGAACUUUGUCAACACUUUAGCAAUGAUAAAACUGUCAUUGAAAAUAUUCUGAAAGAAGCAAAAAGCAGCGAAGACAAAAUUAAAGAUUUUCAAUUAUUGCUGACACAACAAGUGAAAUCUUGGCAAACAUGGUGGAUUGUUGUAGAUAACGUGGUUGAACUUCAUAAAAUUUAUCCAUUUUUACCUCAAGUUGGUGAUCAUAGCUGGAAAAAUGGUCAAAUUAUUGUAACUGUCCAAAAUACAGAUGCUAUACCACCAGAUGGAAAUCUAAAUAAACACAUUUCAGUUAGUCAUGGUAUGAACGAUGAAGAAUGUCGAGGACUUCUAUCUGUCUUUUCUGAUAUUCAUAAUAAAGAUGAAAAAUAUUUAAAGGAUUUAUCAGACAAAUUAGAUCGUCAACCGUUGUUCCUGGCAAAUGCUGCUUCCUACGUAGGUAGAGUAAAAAGUGUAAAUCCGACAUUCACGUGGGAGCAAUAUUUUGAUAAGUUGAAUGAAGGAGAGCGACAAAACAUGGAUGGCUAUUUUCAAAAGAUAAAUACAUCUUAUUUAGGAAUGAAAACUGUAUGUCUUCUUUAUACGAAAGCUGAUUAG